GCCGCGCCGCGGUGGCUCCUCCCGUCCGCCGGAGGGCGCUGCGUCUUCCCCGGCUCGGCUCCGCUCGUCUCUCGCGCUCCAGCACCGAGCGUUCAGCACCGCGAGCGGAGGACAGCUCCCGAGCCUCCGAGAAAAACACCGCAGACCGCCGCAGAAGCGCUUCAGCCAGCCUCGUCUGCUUCCGCGCGACCCACCGAGCGCCGUGGCCAUGUACGACGGGGCGAGGGUUCCCUCCCCUGAGGACGGUGCUAACGGGGUCCCUCUGCAGCCCGAGGCCCCUGCAGACCGUCCCAGAGCCGACGAGCAGCCUGAGGAGGAAGAGGGAGUCCCGCCCGAGCCUGUCCUGGUGAAGAAGGCUCACCGCGAGAUUCUGGACCAUGAGAGGAAGAGGAGGGUGGAGCUGAAGUGCAUGGAGCUUCAGGAGAUGAUGGAGGAACAGGGAUAUUCCGAAGAAGAAAUCCGGCAGAAGGUUGGAACAUUUCGGCAGAUGCUGAUGGAGAAGGAGGGCGUGAUAACUCGAGAAGGCUUGCACCCUCGUCCACCGGUUAGGCUGCUUCCUCACGAGGAUGAAGAUCACAUGGGAAAUGCCGCGUACAUCGAUGGAUAUGAGGAAGACUAUGAUUGGGAUGGAGAAUAUUACGAGCAAGAUUCAGCUGCCUACGAUGAAUGCAGAUCCAAGAGGAAAUCCAGCAGUUCACCUUCCCCUCGGCCAAAGAAGAGGAAAAAGAAGAAGGCAAGGAGACACAGUCGAGCUGACAGCCCGUCUCCAACCCGCAGAGACAAGAGGAAGAAAGGCGGAAAGAAACACAAGAGAGACAGGUCUACAUCUGGCUCAAGGAGGAAGAGGAGACACAGAUCUGGGAGCCCCAAAAACAAACACAAAGACAAGAACAAACAGAAAAAGAGGUGUUCGGUGGAGUCUCCCAGCAGGAGUUCUCAGCACAGAGGCAGCUGCUGUAGUUCCCGCAGCGGAUCCGUCUCCUCCACCGCCAGCGUCUCCAAAUCACCCAGCAGAUCAAGUGCAAAGUGCAGGAACGACAGGCACAAACAGGAAGGAAGUCACUCCAGCCACAGCCCACCGCCGUCCCCCAGCACUGAUCAGCCAAUCACGUGGCAGAAUGGGAACCACAGCGUCCGUGUACGCAAUGGCAAAGAUUCAGGAGCCAAUCACACGGAGGGGAAUAAAGGGAUCGAUCUUCGCUCUCUGGCUCCGUCUCCCUCGAGCGCGCAGACGCACGCGUCGCCUCAUCUAAGAGGUGCUAAACACCACGCCGACCGCCCCAGGAGCCCCGGAGGAGCAGCGGCGCAGACGGCAGAGGACGGCUGCGCAGACGACAGGCCGGCGACGGGCAAAGCGCUCUCAGACGCGGCGGGGAGACGCGGCGGGAGGCCCAGGCUUCGAGAGAAGACGUCGCGCUCGCCGGCCCACAGCACUGACACUGAGCCACACACCAAAACCAAGAAUCAGAAGAAAACGAAAGGAUCUCAUUCGUCGAAGCGGCACCAUCGCGGACGCGGCCAGAACCAUCACCGGAGCUCCUCGGUGUCUCCGGGUCGACACAAACACACGUCCAAGAAGAAGAAGAGCAAGAGCCACGGGACGAGCCGGCAGAGGAGCAGCUCCUUCAGCAGCGGGAGGUCGUCGUCUCGAGGACCCAGCAAGAACAAAUCACCGCACGUCCGACAGAACAACUCCAGGGAGAGAGACAGUCCUCAUCACUCGGAUGCAGAACGAGCUCGGCGCCGCUCACGCAGCUAUUCUCCCAUCCGUAAGAGACGGAGAGACUCCCCCAGCUUCAUGGAGGCUCGCAGGAUCACCAGCGCCCGAAAGCGUCCCAUCCCGUACUACCGGCCGAGUCCGUCCUCGUCCAGCUCGUCCAGCAGCUACAGCAGCUCCAGCCGCAGCCGCAGUCGCAGUCGCAGCUACUACAGCUACAGCAGCUCCAGCAGCUCCAGCCGGACGGGCCGGAGCCGGAGCCCCAGCCCCGCGCACAGCUACUACAGCCAAAGCAGCUACGACAGCCCCGGCUUCUGAGAGACGCCCGACAGACGUGCUAGCAUGCAAAAACCGAACGCAAAUGAUAAGACGUGUUAAAGGUGAAGAGAGUAAUUGCGCUCGCUCGGUACUUUUGUCUUGUUUUCCAGUACAAAUGUGGAGGAACGUUUUAAAGCGCUCCUGUUAUGGGUAAAGAAAGUCCAUGCAAGGUCAAAAAACACUUCGUUGUCUUUUAAUAUGCAUUUAGCGUUAUCUUGUUUGGUCAACGAUUCUGUGGCAACAUGAAAAACUGCUUGGGACUCGACUUCUUCGUUUUGAGAGACAAUAACUAACGUACAUUAUACGGUGCACUUUCAGAUUUAAAACUAAAAGAUCAUUUUCAAAAAUCCGUAACGGGGCACUUUAAAACAAAAUACAUCAGGGUAACAAAACGGUGCAUGAAUAAAAAUGAGUUUAUGCUUAAAAGCAGAAAAAAAUAUCAUAAAACUAAAUUGAAUUUAAUGUGGAAGUCGUUAUUUUUUUGACCACUAUCUUCAUUUUGCUUUUUUUUAAAUAAAUUUUGAUUUAUUUAUUACAUUUAGAUUACACAUUUAUACUGGAAAAAUCCUGGCUGAGAAUUUUUUUUUGCCGUUUAUAAAUGUAUUUAUUAUUAUUAUUUAUUUUUUAGCGUGUCUGACUCAAACUGGAUUCUAUUUAAUUCAUCUGUGACCGUGUGAUGCAGAGCUCACCCCCUUCACCUUUAACAUAGGCUUUGUUCGCUCAGAAAGCAAAAAUCAUUAUUAACUUGAAAAUUAUUUAUUUCUGACGCAAAUCCACUCUCUCCGAUUUUCUAUACUUCCGAAAGCAUAACAAAUGCAUAAAAUCUGAUUUUUCCAACCUCUCUUUCCGCAGCGACUAUUAAAGUAAUAAUAAUGAUGCUUAUGGCGUUAUCGCUGUGGUAGAUUAUGUAGAUGCACCAGAUAUGAUGCAUAAAGAGCACUGUCUGAACAAACACUUGAAGUGAUCUUGAAGACUGGAUUUGAGUGUUCAGUGCAAACUAAAGCAUUUUAGGAAGCGAACUGAUAAAUAACUUUAAUGUAUUUGACGUUUAAAAUCAGCUGUUCAUUUCACUCAGUAAAACUGCUGACUAAACACACACACACACACACACACACACACACACACACACACACACACACACACACACACACACACACACACACACACACACACACACACACACA